ACACCUGUUGCACCUGAACGUCAAUGGUCGGCACCGAAAGACGCUUAUCUAUGAACCAAAAUGGCGACUCGGUAUUACUACCACGUAUUGACCACACUGCUUAUAACAAACAGACUAUUCCCGGUUUCUACAGAAACUGUACUUGGUGAAAAUGUGGAUGAGGAAUUCGACUUUGACGGCCUCCCCGGAGUUCAGCAUGAGUUCAAAGUGGAGGUAGCGGCGGGGAAGGAGGAGUGUUUCUACCAGUUCGCCACGCAAGGGAGCAGACUCUAUGUGUCUUAUGAUGUGUUGAGAGGCGGCGACAGGAACAUCAACUUCUUCCUCCUUGACCAGAACCAAGUCGUUGUAGAGUCCCACUACGACAAGCCAGACGCCAUGGUGGAAACAGAUGUCAAGGAACAAGGCUACUACCAGGUAUGUUUCGACAACACACAGAGCAGGUUUGGCUCCAGGCUUGUCUACUUCUACCUGGUCACGAUCGUCAUGGAGAAGUGGAUCCAGUACAUGAAGGACGUGGUCGACAUUCAAGACCUGGCGGUCAACCUCUCAUCGAUACUAUAUGGCGUGGAGCUGUCUCUGACGGACGUGGACCAAUAUCAGAUGCACAGUCGCCUCAACGUCAUGCGGGACUGGUACCUCCUCAACGAGAACCAGCGCUACGUGGGGUACUGGUCUGUGGCCCUGUGUGUGGUAGUCCUGGUGGCGGGGGUGGGGCAGGUGGUCUUCCUCAGGAGGAUGUUUAGGAUGCCCACCGUCACCCCCACGUCCAAACCCCGGGCGUGAUAUGGACUCAGAAUGUUCCUCUGAUAUUGUACUAAAGUUGAAUGAGUACCCUCCACCUCCACGCUGGAACGUAGCUCUGUAUAAGUGAUAGCUAUUGUUAUAAUAUAUGUACAGUCGUCAUAAUGUUUGAAAUCAUUUGGAAUCCGUUGAAUAACGUUAUUUUGUUACAUUGUACAAAGAUUUAGGCAUGCUUUCUUUAUGUUACUGGGGCAGUAAGGUAGCCGAGUGGUUAAAGCGUUCGCUCGUCACGCCGAAGACCCGGGGUCGAUUCCCCACAUUGGUACAAUGUGUGAAGCCAAUUUCUGGUGUCCCCCGCCGUGAUAUUGCUGGAAUAUUGCUAAAAGCGGCAUAAAAUCACACUCACUCACUCUUUAUGUUACGUGUGUUCAAAUCUGCAAAGUUUUUGUGCAGACUUAGGGGCCCUGAUUACCCAUCUUGAGAUCCCAGUAUAUAGUCAUUAGUUGUGGAUGUUUAUGUUAAAGGACGGGGCGUGUAAUGUACCAUCCUCGUUUAUCCAGGGUACUAUAUCUCCAUUUUGAUUAUGAUAAAUACUUUGGACCCAUUCGCCAUCAUUGCUUCGUUUCGAAAGUGACGUUACCACCUCAAUAGUUUUCAAACUUAGCUCAGAAUUUAUCUCGCCCAUGAGUGUAGUUUGAUUGGACAGCUAGUUUUAGCUCAAUGCGAUUUUGUUUGUUGUUUAACGCCGCACUCAGUAUUAUUCCAUCCAUAUUCGGUCUGUACAUAAUGGAGUGUGGACCAGACAAUCCAGUUAUUGACUUCAUGAAGCAGCGAUUUACGCAGUUGGGAUACGAUGACAUGCUUCAACCAAGUCAGACAACCUGACUACCCGAUCCCGUUAGUCUCUUCUGACAGCUGACGGGUCGAGGGUAUGAACACAAUAUAUACACCUAUAGACUGGAAAAUGUAUCUAGAAUAUAUGCACACUGAUUGUGAUUUCCCGAAUAAUGUGUUGUGUCUUCUUCAUAUUGAUAAUCGUAAAUAAAUAAACAUGAUGAAUACAAA